AUGCUGGCGCGACGAAUUGUAACUGCGAAAGAGCUGUUGGCACGCACUAAACCGUUUGUAGCUGUUGAUGCUACAUGGUUUAUGCCGGACUCUCCUCGGGAUGCCAAAAAGGAGUACGUGUCUGAGCGAUUGCCUGGGGCACGCUUCUUUGACCUGGAUGGAGUCAAGACCGAGUCGCCGUACCCCCAUAUGAUGCCUAGCAAAGAGCAAUUCGAGCAGGCAAUUGGCGAAAUGGGCAUCCGGCCCAAUGACUUUGUGGUGGUCUAUGACAAGCAGUCUAUUUUCUCGUCGCCUAGAGUUCGGUGGAUGCUGGAGGUUUUCGGCCAUCCCCAGGCGGUUAUGCUGGACAAUUAUGCCGAAUACAAACGCUUGGGGGGCCCCUUAGAGUCCGGUGAGCCCGAAAAGGUCGAACUAGCACAAUACUCUCAGCCAACACAGCCUCUACGUUGGUUAUCUUAUGAGGACCUAAAGUCAAUUGUUGAGACGCAGCCGGGAGAAUACCAUAUGCUUGAUGCUCGUCCAAACGGUCGAUUCACAGGUGAAGUCCCCGAACCCCGUCCAGGUCUCGCUUCGGGCCAUGUGCCUGGUGCCAAAUCGCUUCCGUUCAGCGAGGUUGUUCAGCAGGGCGAAACUGCAUUCAAGUCUGAUGCCGAACUCAAGGCCAAGCUCGAAAAACUAGAGGUUCUUGAUGGGAAGCCUGUUAUUGUUAUGUGUGGUUCAGGUGUUACUGCCUGUGUGAUAAAAGAUGCUAUCGAUCCCUUUUUGAAAGAGCCUGCUCUAGUGUACGACGGCUCGUGGUCCGAAUGGGGUGCUAGAGCCCCCAAAGAGCUUGUUGAACGCGGCUAG